UGUCAGUUUCGGGGAAAUAGAGUUAUAAGCUUCGCAUUUCUUGUUACCGUUCUUUAUCAAAUUGUUUGAAGAAUUGUUUACUUACGUGAUUGCUUAUUUUUUAACAGGCACAAUUUAGCCGGAAUUAUAUGUAAAUCAUUAACCUAAUAUAUCAUGUUGUGAGUAUUUCAAGGUGGUCGUUACAAAUGAAAAUGUCUAACUCACUUUCGAGUACUAAAAGUCACUCGAAAAAGUCGAAUAGCAGCAGAGAACGUGAUAGAAACAAGUCUGUAGCAUCAGAAUCAGGGGGCUCCAGUCAGUGCGACACUCCUCCGCUCAAUGAAAAGGAUGGAAGCUCAUCACAAGGCAAGUUCGCGGGCAUCAGCCCCGACUCUGUGGUCUGCAUGGCAGAGCAGGCUGGCCAUGAGGUCAAUACAGAGGCCAUCACAAACCUGGCUGAGGAUGUCAGCUAUAAACUUAGGCAGACUAUUAGUACCUUAGCUCUACACAGUGAGAUGAUGAAGAAGACGACAGUAGACAGUUGGGAUGUGAACUCAGUGCUCAUGUUGUCUGACACCAGCCCGGUGGUAGGCUCCUGUGUCACACAGUAUGCUACGCUGGGUGAAGAGAAACUUUGUGUACCACUUGACAACUUAGUGAAUGUAACAGAAUUUGCACUGACACCACAGAGCUAUGUGUACAGCUCUGUAGCCACAGUCUCAGUGGAAUGGAUCACAGACGACAAGAGUCUCAAUAAUAGCAGUAAUAUUAGCGUUAACCUGCAGAAUUACUAUACCAAAGUUGCAAGAGCCAUAUUAAACCUCCGUAAAAAACCAAAAGAGCUUGCAGUAGAAGAUUUGACGACGAACACUCGCAUCGGUCCAAUAUUCCCCAACCUCUUCAACUUGGCCGUGCUCGUUCUGAAUGAUGACAACUUGAACGCUUUGAACGUGCCGGCCAAGAAACCUCUGCAGUCUAAUGUGUUGGAUAUGGUUGAUGCGCUGUGUUCUAAUCCUUGUAGUUUGGAUACUAAUAUACAGCAACAGUUCCAGAGAUUAUUUCCAGUGAUGGUAUCUAAUAUUCUUGGCAAUGGAUCACUCGCGGAGAAGAUGGUCGCAAUACUCACUAAAAUUACAAGGACGUGGCCUUCGUUUAUUACGAUAGGCAAAGGCAUCCUGUUCGACUACCUAGCACAGGGCAGCAAGGAGCGUCUGACGGCGCCGAUGAUCAAGUGCGUGAUGGCGUUAGGCCGGAGAGCGCUGGUGGAGUGCCUCGCCGACCAUCUCGACCACAUCGACGACUGCGUACACGCGCCCAGGCGGAACCAUCUGCAGACUGAUCUUAGGGAAACUAUUCUUGACGUGUCGAGCUGUCUACUCAGAUCUGAACCCACGACGUAUCUGGAAGACUACGUGACGACAGACUACACGCUGUACGAGAUGCUCGGCGAUUCCUUACUCCCGAGGCGGAUGAUAUUCCCUUUCACAGACAAAGUCACAAAAACGGACACAUCACCAGAGCGGACGGCUGACGAAGAAUUCACAUACACCCCCAUUCGGCCGGUCAUGAAGCGACCGAAACUCCGCCUCAUCCCCACCACCACAGCUUUAAGAAACGGCACCCACAGGGAAAACGUCUUCGAACCAACCAACUUUAAAAGUGAUAAGUGCAUAAGAAUCAAAAUCAAAAGUUGUCGGACAAUUAUAAGACAGCCAGUGAGGACUCCAGUGACGAAUUAUGUGUCUAGUACGCAGUAUAAAGGUGUUGUUGUCGCGAGCGGUCUACUCAAUAGGUUUAGGUAUAAACUCAACAAGUCUAGUGAGCCGUUUCCAAUAUUUGGAGCAGUUUUGUUGUAAGCUUUACUUUAUUAUUAUUAUACAUAAAUUAUUACAUUUUGA